UUUGAAGACGUGAUGCUAAGUGAAAGAAGCCAGUCACAAAAGGCCACGUUACAUGAUCCCAUUCAUUUGAAAUUUCCAGAAAAGACAAAUAGACAGAAAAUAGAUCUGUGGAUAGCAGACUGCUCUGGCUGAGAGUGAGAAUCCAAAACCGGAUCCGCCGACAGUUUACUAAGCCCGUUAGUGCCCCCGCCAAGACUCACGUCGCUGUCAUGACCCUCUACCGGUGCCCCCCCCAAUACAUCUCUCUUCAUAAGGAACGUGGCCUAUGACACCAGGUCUGAAGAUUUACGACGAGAAUUUGGUCGUUAUGGUCCUAUAGUUGAUGUGUAUGUUCCACUUAAUUUCUACAUGCGCCGUCCAAGAGGAUUUGCUUAUGUUCAAUUUGAGGAUGUCCAUGAUGCCGAAGACGCUUUACAUAAUUUGGACAGAAAAUGCAUUUGUGGACGCCAAAUUGAAAUGCAGUUUGCACAGGGGGAUCGGAAAACUCCAAAUCAGAUGAAAGCCAAGGAAGGGAGGAAUGUGUACAGUUCUUCACACUAUGAUGAUUAUGACAGAUACAGACGUUCUAGAAGCCAGAUUAUGAAAGAGGAAGAUCAAGAAGCCGGUCCUUUGAUUACAACUAGAGGAGAUCUUAUAGUCCUAGAAGCAAUAGACCGGUUGGAAGACCACGGCAUAGCAGAAGCCAUUCCAUCAAUGAUAGAUUCAAACACUGAAAUCGAUCUUUUUCAAGAUCUAAAUCCAAUUCAAGAUCACGGUCCAAGUCCCAGCCCAAGAAAGAAAUGAAGGCUAAAAUCAGGUUCUAGGUCUGCAUCUCACACCAAAACUAGAGGCACCUCUAAAACAGAUUCCAAAAUACAUCAUAAGUCUGGCUCAAGAUAUGAAAAGGAGGGGCGCCUGGAUGGCACAGCGGUUAAGCAUCUG